AGUGACACACCCUUUCUACACAUGCAUACGGUGGCUGUCGUGUGUGCAUCUGCCUUUGAAAUUUGCCGGGAGACACAAGUAUCUGAACCACACACAGAGGGGGCAACAAAGGAGGAAUCGAAUGUCUGUGCGUGUGUGUGUGUGUGUGUACCUCUGGUGGAGUGCCCCCCUCCUCCAGUUGGGACACUGCAUACGUCGCGCUGGCCGGCACAGAGCCGUCCUGCAGAGAAAAUGAAGAGAGCUGUCCUCUCUUUGACUGUGUGCGUGUGCACGUGUGACUGGUUGACCUGAUUGUAACGUUGAAAAGCCCCUGCGCCGACAUCUGCGGACUUGAUGGUGCCCUUCUUGUCAACAAGCUGCAGCGACCAGACAGAGCAGGCAGUGGGUAUGCAUUCACCCAUUCCUCUGUUUGUGCACCUGUUACUGCAUACCCACCCACCGGCUGGCGCCGUUCUCACUCAUCGCCCCUGUCUCGCCGAGGUGGUCGCGCUGUGUGCGCCAUCAUGCAAAUUCUCGUAGUGAUACACUGUAGGCCUGCAUAUCACGGACACACAAACAGACAUGUGGAUGACCCGCUCUGAACUUCUGCUAGCUACAUGGAUGGAUGGAUGGAUGUAUUCAUACCAUGUCGAGUGAAGCAUGGUAUGAAUACUCACUGAGAUGUCGAAUGAUGUCAUCCUUGUUGCGUACUGAGUAAGCCACUUUUGUCAGCUUCGUGCCGCACCCUGAAACCUGCGCCGUCGCUUCCAGGUAGGCACCCAUGUCGAGUAGUGACGGAAGUUGCUUUCUCUCCGGUACUUCAGCAUAUAAAACGUACGCAGCGAUGGGCCUGCACACCAUAGAAGAAAACAAAGAGGGACAAACGAAGGCCUCUUUGAGAGACAUGGCGCCCGCUCCCACCUUUGAUCACCCUUUGUCUCCGGCUGAUCGAUACAAAGAAAAUGGAGGCGCCCCGGCUGGCAACACAAGACAGCUACGUGUGUUGAGGGCCAUGUCGUCCUUUACCACUUGGCGUAGAGGGUCGGAAAAGCCGUCUGAACCUGCCACCGCACAGCCACGCGCCACAGACCGGUGUUCAUUCUUCAAGGGGGGAGGGGAGGGAGGGAGGGAGGGAGGGAGGGAGGGGAGGGCUGCUCACCCUGUCCAUUCGUUUUUCCUCCUCAUCAUCGUCGUCCUCGUAGUCGGAGACGCUCCCUCUUUUUCUCCCUCUCCGUCUCCCUCUCCGUCUCACGUCGGACUCCAUCUUUCUCUGCUCCUUAUGGUCGUCGUCCUCGUUGUCUGAAACGUUGUCGGAAGCCGAAAUUGCACCGUGGCGUCAUCCUCGGCUUCCUUCUUGCUGCGGGUGUUCUUGCGCAGCUCGAUGCCCCACUCCCACCCAGGCAUGACCGGCUUCAGCCUCUGCUGGCUCGAUUGGGGUUGCUGCUCUUCCUGCGCUCCCUCCUCUCCGUCUCCCUGUCCCUCUUCUUCUCUUCCUCCGUCUCCAUAUAUAUAAGCGGCUUCUGCAUCCCGCUUCAGCCGGUCGCGGGAAGGAGCACGGGCUGCACGGCUGCGAUUGAGGUUGCUGCUCUUCAUGCGCUCCCUCCUCUCCCUCUCCCUGGCCCUCUUCUUCUCGCUCUCCCUCUCUUCAUCGUCGUCGUCCUCCUCGUCUGAGACGUUUGUCAGUGGACCAAAGUUGCACCGCAGCUUGUCCAUACUCAUUGC